UCCAAGAAAUCUCAGAUGUGAAGAUAAUGCUCCCAAGCCACACACAAGUCCUAAGCACAGAAAAUGGGUGAUGAGAUAGGAGGAAAAAGGAAGGGAUGUUAAUCUUGCUAUAAUCUCUCUCUCUCUCUUCUCUCUCUUUACUUUCUUGAUGCUUCUAAGUCCCUUUCUCUAGCUUAGUUUCCAUUCUUGUUCGGGUAUCAACUUGCAAUUGUAAAUUAAGCAGAAGGCUAUUCUUGGGAAAUGGAUGCUGCACAAUUUGCCAAACGUGCAAUUUGCCAGAAAGAUCUCUUUAACUAUAACCCAAUAAUAACAACAGGAAUGCAGGCAGCUCGUAUGCUUGUAAUCUCCCGCAUUUUUCAUCUUAUCUUGACACCUUCAGGACAACCAGGACCUGUUGCAAAUAUUAUUGCUGGACUAGUGCUAGGUCCUUCAUUGUUGUGCAAAAUCAAAAAACUUCAGGAAUUCUUUAUCCGGUCUUCUUCUAUAGAAUACUAUCAACUUCUGACAUUCAAUUUUCGAGUCAUUUUUUUGUUCUUGAUUGGUUUGGACACAGACGUUCCUUAUAUGAGGCGAAAUCUGCGUUUGGCAAGCACUCUUGCAUUUGAAGGUAUAAUUGCAUGCACCCUUUUUGGAGCAGCUUCUGCAAUCGCUAUCCUCCAUUUAUUGAAGUAA